AUGGACGAAAUCACCGAGGACCUCAACGAGCUCUUUGCCUCGUCAGCCCCCGACGGCCUGCCACGAGAUGUCCUGACCGAGCUGCAGUCUAUGCUGCGCCUGCAUGGCAUCACGCCGCAAGAGCUCUUCUACAAGUGGGAGUCGUACAGCAUGAAGAUGGGCGCCGACGAUACAAGCCUGGAUCUCAACACGGUGCGCGCCUUCAAGCGCGACGUCCAAGACUCGCUGGAGCACAAGAGCAGAGACAAAGCCCACCAAGUGCGAGCCACGGAGAAGAGAAGCGGGGUGUCGGCGACUCCUCGUGCUGGAAAUACCGAUGUUUUUGGGAUGCUUGACAACCUGACUCCGGGCACACCACAUUCUCAUGGAAAAAACGUCAAUGGCUCUGCAAAGCGAAAAUUGGAUUUUGAAACACCAUCACGGCCCAAAGGGGGAAGAUCAGAUGCGAAUGGCAAGUCUGGUGACUUUGCAUCGCCUCUUCGAAAUGGUAGUGGAGUUGAUGGAGCGCAAGCCGUCGUCUCGUUUGCCAACAGACAGAACCCCGGCCAAGUGAUGGAAACAUUGAACAGCCACUUGCAGAUGCCUGCUACACCAAUGGCCCCGUUCCCAGAGCCACGAAUUCGGCCGACAGCCAACACAGAUCUGAAGAAAUUCGCGUACAAACCCAUGUCGAUGCGGCUAAAUGAAGCAUCAGAGAUUUUGGAUGACAGAAUAGACGAGUUUACGGAAAUUUUUGAGAAACAUUACCCAGACGCGGCAUUUGGCAGCGCAGCUAUACAGAGCACCAGUGAGGUGGUGGCCAUCGGACGAAUUGCCUCGGACAGCUUAGAAGGCAAACUGAACGUUGCGUCGCUUGUACUCGAGACGUCACGGCGGAGCGGGGCUGGUCGGAGGGUGCCUCUAAAAGUGGACGCUCUACCUUCUGUGCAGUUUUUCCCCGGCGAGAUCGUCGCUGUCAGAGGAAUCAACGCUUCUGGAGAGUACUUUUCAGUCAAAGAAGUCUUGUCGCUGCCAUUGCUGCCCCCUGCAGCUUCGGCGCCUGCUGUUGUCGACACUAUCAACGAGAGGAUCGGCGGCAGUGAUGCCAACCAGCCGUUGAAUACUUUCUUUGCAGCUGGUCCAUAUACGACCGACGACAAUUUAGAAUUUGAGCCACUACAUGAGCUAUGCAAGAAAGCUGCCGACGAAUACGCAGAUGCAUUGGUUUUGUCGGGGCCAUUUCUCGAUGUUGAACAUCCUCUCAUCGCCUCUGGAGAUUUUGAUUUGCCUGAUAUUCCUGGGGUAGACCCGGAAACAGCGACUCUGACAACGCUAUUCCGCCAUUGUAUUUCCCAGCCUCUACAACAGCUAUGCGCAGCCGUCCCCAGCAUCACAAUCAUCCUCAUGCCGUCAGUGCGAGACGCGGUCAGCAAACACGUAUCGUGGCCGCAGGAACAACUACCAAGAAGGGAGCUCGGCCUACCAAAGCAAGCCCGUAUUGUUUCGAACCCCGUAACAGUUUCCUUGAACGAAUGCGUCGUUGGCACAUGUGCCCACGACGUUUUGUACGAUUUGCGAAAAGAAGAAGUCCUGAGCGGACGUCCAACAGAAACCAACCUCUUGACUCGACUGCCCAGGUAUAUGAUUGAGCAACGGCAUUUCUCUCCAGUCUUCCCGCCGCCUGCUCGGGAUACCCUGCCCAAGGCCGGCGGUGCAGAUAGCAGCUUGCCACUGGGCGCCAUGAUUGACGUGAGCUAUUUGAAGCUGGGAGAAUGGGGAGUAGUGCGGCCUGAUAUUCUGGUUACUCCUAGUAUGCUACCUCCUUUUGUCAAGGUCAUUGAAAGCGUCCUCGUCAUCAAUCCCGGCACACUCUCAAAGCACCGCGCAGCUGGAACAUACGCCAACAUGGCCCUGUACCCACGUGUCAUAGCAGAUGGUGAACGAGAAGAAAAGGAGCUCGGCCACAAAAUCUAUGAACGAGCGCGAGUUGACGUGCUCCGUAUAUAG